CAGACUAUCGGCAAAAACAACAAAAUGAUACAGCACCUCAAUUAUAGAGUGCGAGUGGUUUUACAAGAUUCAAGAACGUUCAUAGGCACAUUCAAAGCGUUUGACAAACAUAUGAAUUUAAUACUUGGAGAUUGUGAAGAAUUUAGGAAAAUACGUUCAAAAAAUACAAAAGUGCCAGAACGAGAAGAAAAGAGAAUUCUGGGAUUUGUUUUGCUUCGUGGAGAAAAUAUAGUGUCAUUAACAGUCGAGGGCCCUCCUCCACCAGAAGAAGGACUUCCUCGUGUACCUAUUCCUGGAGCUCUCUCUGGUCCGGGUAUUGGUAGAGCUGCUGGCAGAGGCGUUCCAGUUAAUAUAUCUUCUGUUCCAGCUGGUUUGCAAGGACCUGUGCGUGGUAUUGGAGGUCCUGGUCAGCAACAUAUGGCACCAAUUGGCCGAGGUGUUCCACGAGCUCCAAUUAUCGGCGGACCCCCACCAAGUAUUAUACCAGGCGGUAUACCUAAUAUGGCUGGAACUCUCGGACGUGGAGCCCCUCCACCGAUGAGAGGUCCUCCUCCCGGUAUCCUUCGAGGAGCUCCACCACCUGGACGCGGAGGAUAUUAG